CUUUGACCAGUUAAAUCACAGAAAAGAUCUUUGUAAAUAUGAAGAACUGUUGGAAAGUAUUACAGAUGGGAAUUCAAGUAAUGAAAUGCCUGAAACCUGUAGAGACGUUAUGCAGAAAAUAGAUUGCUUAUGUUCAAUGGUAGACGACAUAAUAGUAAAUGUAUGUGGUAAUGCCACUGUUCGGACAGUUAUAGAGAGUACACAUUUAAACAACAGUGACAUUGAUGGAUCUAAGACAGUUCCGGUAUUUAUGCAAAUUCAGGUACCAUCGGACUGGGAUACAGCAAAAUUUGUUGAUUCUAUAGAGGUCAUGUGUGAACAGUAUACCUCUGAUAUGCCAGUAAAAAUUACAUCUUUUUCCACAGAAGAUGUUGAAAUUUUAGCUGAAAUUUGGAAAAUUAUCAUGACAAAGGCUGGUAAUUUACAAAAGGAAAUACGAAGAUUUAUUCACGAAUUAGUCACACUCUCUGGUAUCCGAGCUGCAGAUCAGGAACUUGAUAUUAACAUCGUCAUGGACGAGGAAGAAACGAAACGUGCCUAUCCAGGGCUUUAUCAACUGUUUCCCGAAGUCCAAGGUACAACAGCACAUCUAGGACAAAUGCAAAAUGAGUUUGAAACAAAUUUUCAAAUAGAACAAACGGAUUCAGAGGAUUCAAAAAGCAUAUAUGAAGAGUCACCAGGGUUUCUUAAUGAAAAUAAAACAAAAGAGGAACAAAAAAAAAGCAAGUAUACUCUUGAGACAGUUGAUUGCGUCAAACAAACAAAAACAGAGGAUACAGAAAUGGAAAUGCCAUACAGGACUCCUAUUGAUGAACAAGCAUCACAUCAAACAAUCAACGAUCAAGAUAGACAUAAUGAUCACUGUGGUGAUACAGUAUUUUAUAAAAGAACUACUCAAGAAAUUAGUUCAAAUCAACUGGAAACAGAUAGUACAAAAAGGCAAAAUAUAAACAAUCAUAUAGAAGAAAGAAGUGUUAGUCUGGAUAUGAAGAAAGGGGAAAUUCCUGUUGACAGCGAAACAAUGAAAACUUCAGAAAAAAAGCAAAAGUCCACGAUAGCUGGAAAUAAGCCAGCAUUUGCAACAGAUAUCACAAACACCACUGGGAAGUUAAAUGAAACGGUACAGCUGAUUUGUCGUACAGAAAACGUAAAACAGAGAGUUGAGUGGUAUUUCAAUGGUCAACUUAUUUAUGACUCCGAUCCAACGUAUUACCGUAUAGUUAAUCAUACAGAUGGCACUAGAAUUUUAAGAAUUUCAAAGCUACAGGACAGGCACAAUGGUGUAUACAUGUGUGAAGCGAGUAAUGAAUUCGGAUCAACCAACAUGAAGGCAUAUAUAACAGUGUUAGGUAACCCAUUUGCAGGAAAUAAAAAAUUGUUCCACAAUACAGCAUUGUUCAACCGCUUAUAUUAG